AUGACUGCCCAUGCUCAUGCUUAUGCUCACGACCUACCUACGCCUCCCCUCACGGACAUACUCCGUCGCAUGGUCGACCUUGCCCGUCAAGUCGAGCCCGAAUCGCCCCAAGCGGACCGAAUGGCGAAAAUAGCGAUGCAAAUGGCCAUGGACUCGAUCGAUCCGGACCAUAGACCAAACACGAUCGAGACCAUGCUCAUGCGUCGGGUCGCUGAAGAAAAAGAGCGCCGAAAGGAGAGGGAUAGAAAGUGGGAAGAGCGGGUGAAGAGUGUUCGGCGCCAGAUGAUGGAGGAGCGGGAGCAGGAGAUUGAAUGGCAAGAGGUCAAAUUUGAGAAUGCGAGGAAGAAGGACGAAGCCUUUGUUAGUGCGACGAGGGAUGAGCUGGGCCGAGUCCAGGCUGAACUGGAGGAAGCGCGUCGGGAGAUUGCAAAGGCCAAAGAGGACGCCCAGGAGGCUAUGCGGGAAGCAGAACGGGCGAGAAAAGAGACCGGGGAUGCCAAGAAGGAGAUCGAGAAGCUCAAUGACGAGCUUAAACGGUCCAAAACGGAACUAGAGCAGGCAAAAGAAGAGAUCGAGCGGGAGCGCGAACGGGCAGACCGUGCCGAGGCAGAACACAAACAAGUCGCCCGUCGUGCCAGCUCCGAGUCCCAGUCAGCGGAAGAAAAGGCCGAGCUCAUCGCCUGGAGUCGGUACAAGUCCCAGUGGAGAUUGCUGAAACGCGUUACGACCGCCGACCCAACUGGCGGACAGCUCCAAGUACUGCGUUUCGAGGAUUUACCGUGGCCCACUGUUGUCCCGCCCACAUCCCCCGGGAUGAUAACCGACACCCAGGUUGCUACGUUCUUGCUCUCUGGUCCGCCGCUUCGUGAGGGGGAAACGAUGAAGACCAGAAUCAAGGACAGUCUGUUGACCUGGCAUCCUGAUAAGUUCGCCGCAAGGUACGUACAAGCCUGCCACGAGUUUGAGAGGUUAUUUGACGACCCGGUUUGA